AUGGGCAACUGUAAGAUCAGCUCUGACCUCAAAGAAUGUGCCUUAAAACUCUGGAAUGUGGGCUGGGACAUCAAAGAUAUUUGUGAUGCUCUUGGAGUCUCUCGUGCUAGUGUUUACUGCUGGAAAGCAAUUUUCACAGAGUACGACACUGUCAAGCAUCCCCCUUCACCAAUACGUGGUCAGCAACUUUGUAUCCUUACCCGUGCUCUUAUGACAGCAUGCGAGGACUUAUUUGCCGAAGAAUCAGACCUCUACCUUGAUGAAGUUGUAAUGUGGCUCACUCUGACACAUGACAUUAGCAUCUCUGUGUCUACACUUUGUCGCAACCUCAAGGAAGCAGGGCUGACACAGAAAUUACUUCACAAGCUUGCUGUGGAGAGAGAUGAGCAACACCAUAAUGAAUGGAGGGAGGCAAUGAUGGGUCAACAAGCACCCUUAACAGAUGUAUUUGUUCAUGGGGAUCAUUACUCGCUUGUCGCUGCAAUUACAACCAAAAGUUACGUGGCAGCCCAUGUUGUCGAGGGAUCUUUCAAUGGUGAAACUUUUUUAGCCUUUGUUGCUGUGAAGCUGCUUCCCUACAUGAAUCCAUUCCCAGGUGAAAGGUCUGUACUCAUGCUCAACAACUGCAGGAUACAUCACAACGAAGAGCUUCAAGAGCUUGUUUGGAAUACAGGUAAGUAA